AUGCUCAAGCAUGGCGAGCAUGCGCAAUGGAGACUAGACUCCCAGAACCGAGAGACCAUCCAGAAAUGGGAGCAAGAGGAGAAGGAGAAGUGGGAGGAGGAAGUCUACAGAUCCUUUGACGCAGACACCGGCGACCUGCUUGACACGCAGCAGUCAAAAGACUCCGGAGACCUCGAUGAACCCGACAUUGUGGAGGUUUCAACGGAGGUGGUGAAGUUGAAGGAGGAAGUGAAGGUACAAGAAAAGCUCCAGGAGCCCAUUUGGACCGAGCAAGACUUCGAUGACACAGAAGAGUAUUUUCCGGAUGUGCGGGAGUGCCCAGGGAAGAUUGGAUUGCGCUUCACUGCCCGGCCCCGUCCAGGCGUUCCGGUCCGUGACCGCGGUCGUCGCGCGCCACCCUUUCCAAAGGAGGCGCCAAAGACGGACCUUCCUCCCAUGAUGGCAGGGGAUGAGCGGGAGGAGGACGAGAAUGACCCGGUGUGGCUGAAGGACAAGGGGGAUCAGCUCAUGGUCCGUGGCGACUACAAUGGCGCUUACAACGCCUACACGGAGGCUCUCAAGUUGGGCUCCAAUGCCCGAUGCUUCGCCAAUCGCGCGGUCGCGUCUUUGUACUUAGGAAACUUCGAGCAAUGCCUCGAGGAUUGCAAUAGAUCCAUUCAGAUCUUGGAUUUCAGGAGCAAGCCCCGCAACGGAGAGUUGCACCAUAACGUUGACCCUGAAGAUGAGAAGGUCCGUGCCCGCGUCGAGAUCCGCAUGGGUGUAGCUUUCCUUUGGUUGGGUGCUUUCAAGAAGGCAGAGGCGCAUUUUGAAAAAGCCCUGAGCACAGAGGGUCUCGAUGCGGAUGAGAUCAAGCAGGUUCGUGCCGACUUGGAGCGGGUCAGAAGCGCCUAUGCUGCCCUGAGAGUGAAGGAGCAGGCGGAUCAAAGCCUCCGCAAGGGCGACUCCGAGGCACUUGAGAAGGCUUUGGACCUCUAUGGUGAGGCAGAUGAUGCAACAAAGCAGGAGUGUGCGGUGGUGGUGGCGAACCGCUGCCAAGCACGUUUGCGAGGGGGUCAGCUACAGCAAUGCCUUGAAGAU